CUGCUGAGCACUUUUGGCCGUUACCGCGAUCUAGCAAGGGGGAAAAAAACUAGCGUGAACCUCGCUCAGUUAGUGUGUUGAAACUGAAUCGAUUUUUCCCCUUUUUUUCGGCCUAACCUACGUAGUAUUUAGCUGGCAAGCUAAUUUAAUCUUAACCUACAACUGACCAACCUCAGCCGAAUGUGAUCGCCCUUGCUCUKUCGGACACUGCCAGCGAGCGAGGGCCAAGGAACCGAAACAGCACAUCUCCAUUAUAUGAUCCAGUGUUCAGCGUUAGCUUUACCCUCCAUGUGGGUGAGGGAGCUGUGUGUGUCAGAUUAUGGCGAGAAAAACAGUUAGCAGGAAAAGGAAGGCAGCAGGAGAGCCGAAGGACCAACAACAGCCGGGCUGGUGUCAGGCGCCACACAAGCGGAACCGUGUUUCCUGUUCAUCGCGACAUGCCCAGCAGUGGUGGUGCGAUCGGCGCUCCGUUGUUUGUGCGCUCCGGGGCCGGGAGUUCAGACCUCAGCAGCAGCACGAGUUGCGGCUCCAGCGGAGCCUGCGUGGCUUCGCAGCGGGCAGGCUCCCCGGGAUCCUCAAGGAGAGGGAGUUUUCUCUGGGACGACUCAACAAGGUGUUCGCGUCGCAGUGGCUCAACCACCGGCAGGUGGUGUGUGGGACGAAGUGCAACACGCUUUUUGUCGUUGAUGUCCUAACAGGACACAUAACACGCAUUCCAAUGUUAAAGGACAGGGAGUGUAGUGACGGGGGCUCCGCAGUGGUGGCGGGACGACAUUACCACCCAACAGGAAGCUCUCAAGCCCGGCUGGACCAACAGGGCUGUGGCAUCCACGCUAUCGAACUCAAUCCCUCUAAGACGCUGCUCGCCACCGGAGGAGAUAACCCCAAUAGCUUGGCCAUCUACCAACUGCCUACACUGGACCCCGUUUGUGUUGGAGAUGAUGGUCACAAUGACUGGAUUUUCUCCAUCGCAUGGAUCAGUGACAAUAUGGCUGUUUCCGGGUCCAGAGAUGGCUCCAUGGGUCUGUGGGAGAUUACAGAGGAAGUGUUGAGUCAGGCUGAGAGGAGUCAGAAUGAAGAGCCGGUCCCUUCCUACGCUCACAUCUCCCACCGAACCCUCAAGGACAUCCCUAAGGAGUACACCAACCCCUACAACUGUAAAGUCCGAGCUCUGGCCUUCAAUAACAGCCAUAAAGAACUGGGUGCUGUGUCCUUGGAUGGCUAUUUUCACCUCUGGAAAGCAGAGAAUAACUUGUGCAAG